AGAUUUUCUUCCUGGAUGUUUCUUCAACUGUCUUGUGAUGGAAGGGGAAAUAUUUUUGAAGUUAUAAUGGAUUUUACGUGUCAUCAUAACCAAAACUGGCCUAAUAGCAGCAUUUCUGUUUGAAGAGAAUAAGCGUAAUUACAAACAACCAUGACAACUUCUCAUAUGAAUGGACAUAUUGCAGAAGAUUCUGACAGUGAAGCAAAAAAUGUGGAUCUUGCAUCUCCUGAGGAACCUCAGAAACACAGAGAAAUGGCUGUUGAUUGCCCUGGGGAUUUGGGCUCCAGGAUGAUGCCCAUGCGGCGGAGCGCUCAACUUGAGCGAAUCCGUCAGCAGCAGGAGGACAUGAGGCGCCGAAGGGAAGAAGAGGGAAAGAAACAAGAACUGGACCUUACUGCUUCCAUGAGGCUAAAAAAACUAGCACAAAUCCCUCCUAAAACUGGAAUUGAUAACCCGAUAUUUGACACAGAAGAAGGAAUUGUUUUGGAGAGUCCUCAUUACACUGUGAAAACACUAGAAGUGGAAGAACUGCUAACUUCCCUUAAGCAUAUCCAGCACAUUUUGGUAGACCCUCAGAGCCAAGAGGAUAUCUCUCUCAUUUUACAGCUUGUUCAAAAUACUGAUUUUCAGAAUGCAUUUAAGAUACACAAUGCUGUUACAGUGCACAUGAACAAAGCCAGCCCUCCGUAUCCUCUCAUCUCCAACGCACAAGAACUAGUGCAAGAGGUACAGAGUGUUUUGAAGCCCAGUCACCACAAGGAUGGGCAGGAGCUUAAUGCUUUGCUGAACGCCCCUCAUAUGCAGGCACUUUUACUGGCUCAUGACAAGGUGGCGGAACAAGAAAUGCAGCCAGAGCCUGUGACAGAUGAAAAAAUUUAUGAGAACAUUGGCGUGUACGGAGGGGAAACAGUUAAAAUAGUUCGCAUUGAGAAAGCUCGGGAUAUUCCGUUGGGUGCUACUGUUCGCAAUGAAAUGGAUUCUGUUAUCAUUAGUCGAAUAGUGAAAGGAGGGGCCGCAGAGAAGAGUGGGCUGUUACAUGAAGGGGACGAAGUUCUGGAGAUUAAUGGCAUUGAGAUUCGUGGAAAAGAUGUUAAUGAAGUUUUUGACUUGUUGGUGAGUUGGACACUUUUUAUUUUCCCUGCAAAAAAUACUCAUUUCAUAAGAUGGAAGUCU